GGUCCCCGGGUGUCCCGUCCCAGUCCCUGGGUGUCCCUCGCCCAUCCCUGUCCCCGGCUGUCCCCUGCCCAUCCCGCUCCCCGGCGCUCCCAUCCCGGCUGUGCCUGCCCUGCUCCCCGUCCGGGCGCUCCCGCAGCGCCGGUUCCCGCCGCGCUGUCCCGGGGCCGGGCCCGCCCCGCUCGGUGCCGCGGUCCCUCCCGCCGGGGCGGGCCGUGCCGUGCCGUGCCCCGCCCGCUCCCGCCCGCCGCCGCGGCCGCCCGGAGGAGGCGGAGCCGCAACCGGGGCCGGGGCCGCGGCCGGCCCAGCCCGAACCGAGCCGAGCCGAGCCCUGCCGGACCGGACCGUGCGGGGCCGGGCUGGGCCAGACCGGACGGGACCGCGUCUUCCCGGGCCGUGCUGAGCCGGGUCGGGCCGAGCCGUGCUGAGCCCAGCCGAGCCGAGCCGUGCUGAGCCGGGCCGGACCGAGCGAGGCCGGCCGCCGCGCCCCGAUGAAUGGGAUCGCCUUCUGCCUGGUCGGGAUCCCGCCGCCCGCCCCCGCGCCGACACCAGGCCGGAGAGAUGGGGCGUCCCCGAAUGCCAACGUGCCCCCAGAGGGGCCCUUCCCCUGGGUGGGCCCGAAGACGGUGGUGCUGCGGAAGAGCUCGCAGGGGGGGUUUGGUUUCACCCUCCGCCACUUUAUCGUCUACCCCCCGGAGUCAGCCGUGCACUCCACCGCCAAGGAGGAGGAGAACGGGAACCGAGCAGGUCCCCCCCGGAGCCGCCUGGAGCCCAUGGACACCAUCUUUGUGAAGAACGUGCGGGAGGACGGGCCGGCACACCAGGCUGGGCUGCGCACUGGAGACCGCCUGGUCAAGGUGAACGGGGAGAGCAUCAUCGGGAAAACCUACUCGCAGGUCAUUGCGCUGAUCCAGAACAGCGACGAUGUGCUGGAGCUCUCCAUCAUGCCCAAGGACGAGGACAUCCUCCAGCUGGCAUAUUCGCAGGAUGCCUACCUGAAGGGCAAUGAGCCGUACUCCGGUGGGGCGCAGAGCAUCCCUGAGCCCCCUCCUAUCUGCUACCCGCGGAAGACGUACCCCUUCCAGGCGCGGGGGUGCAGAGCCCCCUCCGGGAGCCGCCGGACACUCGUGCCCACCGCCCCGCUGCUGCGGGCCCCUCGUCCCCGCUUGGCACCGCCACGCUUGCCAGCACCCGGAGCGAGGUGGGCGGCAGCCCUGCGCACCGCCCUGACGAGCCGCAGCCUGGGGUUCCCCCACCGCACCCCACCGCACCCCACGGGCACCCCGGCUCCUUCUCCUGCACCAGUGCCGGGCAGCCAGCGGGUGCCGGGCCGGCAGGAGUGCCAGCAGGCUCUGUCCCGCUGGUUUUGCAGCCAGGAGCCGCGGCGGAGCGCCUCGGAGGAGCGGCGGCACGCCAUGCCGCCCCGCUACCGCAGCGUGUCCCAGGACCGGCUGGGGGUCUCGGCAGCGGCCCCCGGCUGGCCCCACAGCGCAUCGCAUGACACCCUGCUGCAGCCCUCCCGCGAGGGCUGGGCGCCCCGCGCCCGCUCCGAUCACUACCUGGGGCGCUACGGGCGCUCCAUGGAGGCGCUGGAGCCCAGCGCCUUGCUCUCGCCCCACCUCGACCGCUCCGCAUGGCCACCUGAGAGGGUCUGCCGGGCCACCGUCGCUGCCGUCGGGCAACCCAUCCCGCAUGCCUCCUUUGCGCCUUCCUCCUCCUCCUCCUCCUCCUCCCGGGAGCCAGCACCGGUGCAGAAGCACCCGUCGCAGCCCAACCUGCAGAGCGCGGAUGAUUCGGGCUACAUCGGCUACCGGAGCUACAGCCCAUCCUUCCAGCGCCGCACCGGGCUGCUGCACGCCCUCUCCUUCCGUGACCCAGCCUUCGGUGGGCUGCCCACCUUCAGCAUCUCGCAGCGGUCCGCAGCCCCACUGCCAGAGAGCGUGGUCCCUGCCGUCCCACCACCCACCGGCCCCCCGCCGGUCCCCACCGUGCCCAGGGAGCAGCGGCCAGAGAGCAGCCGGGUGCCCGAGCAGCCAGAGGAGCGGAGGGAAGAGGUGGUUUUGCGGCAGAAGCCACCCACGGGCCGCAAGAUGCCACCCCCGCUGCGGCAGAUGAACUUUGUCUUCCCCGAGGGGGUGAAGGAGACGGACAUUUGCGACCCCCCAUCGGCCAGCGGCAAAGGGGACAGGCCGGCAGGCGAGCGGCCAGGCCGGCGUGUGGCUCCCUUGGCAGCCCCUGAAGACUCGCUGGCAUCGAUCCCCUUCAUCGGUGAGUCGAUGAACCCACCCAGCCCCAGCAUUGACCUGAAGGCCAAGCACGUCCCCGCCUCCUCGGUGGUCUCCAGUGCCAUGAACUCCGCACCUGCCGUCGCCACCAGCCCCUCCUCGCCCACCUUUGCCUUUGCCCUGAACCGGCACUACUCCCAGGACUGCAGCAGCAUCAAGGCCGGCCGUCGCUCGUCCUACCUCCUGGCCAUCACCACCGAGCGCUCCAAGUCCUGCGACGAUGGUCUGAAUGCAUUUCGGGAUGAGGGGAAGAUCCUAAGGAGGAUGCCCAGCCGGGUCCCCAGCCUCCGCAUGCUGAGGAGCUUCUUCACCGAUGGGUCUCUGGACAGCCUUGGCACGUCCGAAGACGCCCGCUCCAAAAGACACUCAACCUCCGACCUCUCGGACGUCCCGUUCAGCGCCGUGAGGAAGGAGGGCUGGCUCCACUGCAAGCAGAUCCUCACCAAAAAGGGGAAGAAGGUCGGUGGAGGCAUCCGGCAGUGGAAGCGCGUCUUCGCCGUGCUGCGCACUCACUCGCUGUACCUGUGCAAGGACAGGCGGGAGGCGGUGACCUGCGCCCCGGCCCCAGGUGAGGAGGAGCCGCCGAUCAGCAUCCAAGCGUGCCUGGUGGACAUCUCCUACAGCGAGACCAAGAGGAAGCACGUCUUCCGCCUGACGACCGCUGACUUCUGUGAAUAUCUCUUUCAGGCAGAGGAUCGGGAAGACAUGCUGGCCUGGAUCAAAGUCAUCAGGGAGAACAGCAAGGCUGAGGGCGAGGACCCCGGUUUUGCCAGCCAGGCGCUUAUCAACAAGAAGUUAAACGACUACCGGAAAGUGAGCCCCGCGGGCACCAAGCCCGAUUCCUCACCCAAGGGCCCUCGUGGGCUGGGGAUCCGAGCCGAGUUCCUGAAGCAGACGGGAACCAGCGCACCCCGGUCCCCCAGGCAGGAUGCAGCCCAGCUCCAAAAAGCCCCAUGGGGCAUCAACAUCAUGAAGAAGAACAAGAAAUGCCCCCGGGCUUUUGGCGUGAGGCUGGAGGACUGCCAGCCUGCCCCGGACAAUAAGAACGUCCCGUUGAUCGUCGAAGCUUGCUGCAAGGUGGUGGAGGACCGAGGGCUGGAGUACAUGGGCAUCUACCGCGUGCCCGGGAACAACGCCGUGGUGUCCAGCCUGCAGGAGCAGCUCAACAAGGGAGCCACGGAGAUCAACCUGCAGGAUGAGCGCUGGCAGGAUCUGAACGUCAUUAGCAGCCUGCUGAAAUCCUUCUUCCGAAAGCUGCCCGAGCCCCUCUUCACUGACGAUAAGUACAAUGACUUUAUCGAGGCCAACCGGAUAGAGGAUGCCAGCGAGAGGAUGAGGACGCUGCGGAAGCUGAUCCGGGACCUGCCAGGUCACUACUACGAGACACUCAAAUUCCUGGUGGGUCACCUGAAGACCAUCGCUGACCACUCGGAGAAGAACAAGAUGGAGCCCCGAAACCUGGCGCUGGUGUUCGGCCCCACACUGGUGCGGACGUCCGAGGACAACAUGACCGACAUGGUGACGCACAUGCCUGACCGCUACAAAAUUGUGGAGACCCUCAUCCAGCACUCGGACUGGUUCUUCAGUGACAAGGAGGACAAGGGUGAGAAGACCCCCGUGGAUGAGAAGGAGGCGCAGUCUGUGCCCAACAUCGAGUACCUGCUCCCCAACAUUGGCAGGACCGCGGCGCCCGGUGAUGCCACAGGCUCAACCCGCAGCGGCUCCGCCAAACCAAAGGGCACGUGGCCGUCGCGAAAGGCACCGCCGCACCGGGAGCUCCUCGCCAUCCCCUUUGUGUCGGCCGCUGCCCGCAAGAGGAAGAAGAGGAGAGAGGCCGAGGGUGUCGGGAGCAGCACCGAUGACGAUGCAGAGCGCAGGGACACCCCGGGCCGGGAGCAGGAGGAUGAGGGGACCGUGGCUGCCCUGCCAGGACCCAGCAAAGCCCCCCGCGGCACCGGCACCAAGGCGGCAGACCCCAGCCCAGCUAGGAUGGAGCGGGAGAGCUCCCUGGAGCCUGGGGGUGCUGGGGCUGAGCUGGCGCCGGACGCCCGCUCCAUCGUGUCGGGCUACUCCACGCUGUCCACCAUGGACCGCAGCCUCUGCUCCGAGGUGCAGUCGGUGGCCGGGAGCCGCGGGGAGGAGGCGGACGACGAGCGCAGCGAGCUCAGCCACAUGGAGACGGACACGGAGAGCCGGGAGGGUCCUCGGCCGGGGCAGGUGGAUGGGGGGACAGGGGAUGGGGAUAAGGCCCCCCUCGGCCGCCCCUCGUUCAACUCCCACCGCCUGAUCCAGUGCGACACGCUGGCCCGGAGGAAGCUGGGGCGGCCGCGGCCGGCCAGCGAGACCCCGGCACCCACCGGGGAGAAGCCGGGCUGGGCCCCCCCUGGGCGCCCCUCGCUGCGGGAGCAGCUCCGGCAGCACCUGCGGGUCUCUGCUGACGACAUGGGGGUCCACCUGCGCCGAGCCCACUCCCCCGAAACCCGCCGCAAGAAGAGCAGCUGGCGCCGGCACACGGUGGUGGUGCCGGGGGGCCUCAAGGACCUCAACUUCAACGAGUGGAAGGAGCCGCGGGGGCUGGAGGUGGCCCCGGGACCCUGCCGUGACAAGGACUCGGGGCUCAGCAGCCUGGAGUCCACCAAAGCCCGGCCACCGGCACCCACCACGGCACAGCCUGGCACGGGGCCGGGCACCAAGACCCCCCCGGGCAGCCCCGGCCCCCCAGCCCCCCUGCGCUUCCCCCAGUGUCUCUGACCUCCCAGGAUGUGCUCGCCGCGGCUCCCCCCUCCCCAGCCAGUGUUUAAUUUAAGGACUCGCCUUCGUUCUCGUAUUUAAUUGUGCUCUGGACAAGCUGCUGUUAUUUAACAAGUCCCUGUGGCCCCCCCUACGCCGCAGUGGGGGGACAAGGCCACCCUGUCCUCCUUGCUCUGGGGACCAGUAGGGUCCCACGGUGGUCCCAUGCCGCAGCCUGGCCCCAUCCCACGGUACCCUGGCCCACGGGCAGUGCCAGGAGGGUUGAGGGGGGGGUCAUGGGGACUGUCCCCACCCAGGGUAGUGGUGGCCCCAGCCGCAGCCGUGCGAAGUGCGGGCGCUUCCCUGGGUGCUGCGGCUGCCCUCGCCGGGGAUGUUCCCUGUGCUGGGGACCUUGGGGACCUCAGUGCUGUUGCCCUGGCGUGGCCGUGCUCUGUGCCGCGCGUGCCGGGCUCUGUGCCAGCUGGCCUGGCCGUUGGCACGAUGGACGGGGUCCCCACGGGGUGGGUGUUUGCACCCGAGCGAUGCUGGCGUAAAGGGGCACCCUGCGGCGGGGGGACGCCGCUGUCCCCCACACCCCCACGAGCUGCAGCCACCAUCUGGCAGCAGCUGGGGAGCUGGCGUGUGGCACGGCAUGGCAUGGUAUGGCACAGCACGGCACGGUGCAGCCCCCUCCCCAGCCCCGCUCCCCUUCCUACCCCUCCAUCCCAGAAGCACUUUAGGAAGGGGACGCGGUGCAGCCACCGGAGGGGACGCGGCGGGGGGGAUGUGGGGACCCCCAGCCUCACCCUGCUGGCACACAGGUGCCACAGGCUUGGGCAGCCACUGCGGGGUUGGGGGGGGUUGUCAAGUCACGUCACUGUUUCUUCUCCGUGUCGUUCUCAUCCAUUAUGCAAAUAUUUGCUGUAAAGUUUUUUUUUUUUGUUGUUGGUUUUUUUUUUUUUUUUGUAAAUAUCGUCUCUGACUGUGUAACAUAUUCCAAAGGAUUUAUAAGGAUUUUUUAAGAAGUUUUG